AUGGCACGACCCGGCGCUGAAGGACCCACUGAUCGGCCUGACGAGAGUGAGACUGUCAAGACACCACAUGCACGCUCCUUAGAAUCCAGGCGACGCAGCUCGCUGGUUAUCCCCGGGGAUGAAACACAUGCCGAUAAGCAGAUCUACUCCCCCGAGGAUUUCGUCGAAUGGAUUAAAGACAAUGCAGAAUUCACCUUCACGCUCAUGAUACACAGGCAGGAGAAGUGGGAACAGAGGGAGCAGGAAAUCAAAGAGAUGGAGGACGCCCAUAAGGAGGAGGUGUACAACUUAAACGAACGGAUUAUGCGUUUAACGCAACAAAUCCCCCGCGAAAAUGAGGAUGGAGAUUCGCGUAUGGAGGCAGAGUAUGCCCAGAUGCGGGAUGAGUUAGACCAGGCUCAGAAGGAGAAAGAAAGUCUGCUGGCGGUGGUCAAGAUGAUGGGAGGAGGUGCACCUACCGUGAAAGGAAACCAUCAGUCCCCGGCACAGAAGAGCUCUGAUGCAUCCAGUUCCUCGACAGGCAAGCGAUCGCGUAACGCGCAGGACGAUGGACCGGACGGCCAAUGGGGGUUCCGAGUAGCACGCACGUCCACUCCGCUGGGGCCGGAUGCUCCGCGCGUGGUCGGAGCGUUGGCUACAUCGCCGGGUGUGAAGCGGGCUCGCUUGUUGCAAGAGUCGGAUAGUCGGGCUGUGGCUACGACCAGUUCCCGUACGCUGCAGUUGCCGCCUCAGACGUCACAACUGCUCGAAAUAUACUUUGCGGUCACGCAUUCAUGGUUUCCCGUGAUCGCCAAGCAUAACAUCCUCCGCGCCUCUUACCUCUACGCCAACGCUCCUUUCUCUAUCACCACAACGUCACCUGGAUCCGGUGAUCACGCUGCGCUAUGGGCAAUCUUGAGCUACACAAUCACCCAAUCACGAACAAAUUCGCGGGCCGGUCCCGCUGAACCAAUCGCCUUGGCAAAAGAAUAUUAUACUGUCUCGCGGAAUCUCAUUCCCACGGAGAAAGCGCGUUAUGAACUUGGCCAUAUCCAGGCAUUGCUGCUGCUAACCUUGGUUAACAUGGGUCUCGAGGAUUGGACCGCGGCCUGGCUGUUGAGUGGUCAAGCAGUGCGCAUGGCCACUGCCAUGGGACUUGGAGCUUUGUCUGAUAGCAGGCGAUCUGAUGAACUUAGACAAGGCAAGGCGGUCUUCUUGGGAUGCUUUGUAAUUGAUUCAUUGCUCUCCUUCCGCCUUUCCCGAAGUCCCGCCAUGCCUCCAAGCGACCUUGCUACGGUGGGUCUUCUUGAAGAGGAUGGACUGGAGGAAUGGAACUCCUGGGCUGAUGUCCUACCACCCACAGGAGGUCCUCCGGUGCUUAGUGACGGAAAGGGUGUGAAGUUCAAACCAUGGAGGGCAGAAAUGCAGCGGAAGCUGCUUUUGAAUGAUGAUCAUUACCCCACAACGGCACAUCAGUUAGCAUAUGUCAGCAGUCGAUGCGAGGGAAAAGCGUAUGGUCAUAUUAGUCCUCGAAUGCAGGACAACUCGACAACUCCCUACCAGACAAUCAAGGACGUCUUCGAUCAUCUGGAAAGCGUCUUUUAUGAUCCCAACCAAAAGCAGGUGGCUCGGGAUGAGUACCUGGACCUCAAAAUGGAUGCGAAACAAGACUUCAUUGAUUUCCUGGCGGACUUCACCCGCCUAGCGGAGGAAUCCGAACAACCGAUGGACCUCAGGAAGAAGGAUUUGUAUCGGAAAUUGCCACCUCUCUUACAAACUCAAGUUAUGAUCCACUCGGGAGAUGAGUCAGUCUCCCUCGAGCAGUUCAUUCACAAAUGCCAGAUUGCUUCCCGCUUGAUCGCUCAGCAAGUCGCCGCCCGGAAUGCCACUCGAAAUACGAACCGCAACAACAACGGCGGCACUGCCGGCCGUGGGGAAGCAUCGCGUUCGACUUCCACCAAAAAGGAGAUUACCCGCUUGACCGACGCCGAAAAGGCAACACUUAUGAAGGAAAGGAAGUGUUUCAUUUGCAGGGAACAGGGCCACGUCUCUUAUAACUGCCCCAAGAAGACAAACAAAAACAAAAGGACCGCCGUCGCCUCCGCCACCGUGACGGGUGCCAAGGCCAAAACCAAGACGAAAGACGAGAUCGAAGAAGCAGAGACCGACGCCGAUUCGGGAAACGGGUAG